GUGUCUUGCGCUGACCCGUGUCGAUGAGCACGAUCGUCGCGGUGCCUCAGGCGGUGUGGCUGAGGCCACGGCCGCUCGCGCGCACCCCGAGCAGCUUCCCCCUUCUCCCGCUCUUGCCGCCGAGGCCCGCGCUAAAACAUCUCCCACCCGAAGUGUGGAUACAGAUCCUCGAGAACGCGUUUGCGUUCUACCGCCCCAAGCACGCGUCGGAGCACGCGCAGGUGAUUGGCUUGAGAGUGGGACUCUUGCUAAUCUCAAAAGACAUUCAUGACGUCGCGCUCCCGCUGUUCUACGCGCAUAUCCAUGUUCCUUCGCUGCGCGUUCUCGACAAGCUUACAGCGCGCCUCCACGCCGCCGAUCAGCAAUGGGAUUCCAUUCGGCGUAUCCCGUACUCUGCUCCUGGACGGUGGAUCCAAUCUCUCGACCUAUCCGCUCUGCGUCUGAACUCGCACGAAGAUGUCUUCCAGCUGGAUGCCCUGCUAAACUGCAUUGCGGGGCUGGUGCCGUUCAUGACGAACCUCGUCGUGAGCCCUACGGUCGUGCUCAGCCGGCGCGCUAUUUCCAGUCUGGGAGACCGCGACGGUGCGAGCAACCUGCGCACGCUGAAGGGCAUACAACUCCUCACGUCGCUGCAGACCGAGGAUGACACAUUCGUUGGGCUGCUCAGGUCCUGCACGCGGCUUGAGGAGCUCGAGAUUUUCGGGACAGGCGUCGACACGGCCGAACUACUUUCCGAACAGGGCGACACUUCGCCUCCCCCUCCUGACUUCCGACCCUUACACCUCCCCUUUCUUCGUCGUCUGUCGGUGUUGUCUAUGCCCACGUCUCCCACGCUGUAUAUGUUGCUUCACUCGCCUCUACCUGCACUCCGACAUCUCACGCUUACGCCCUACGACGAAAGGCAUAUUCCCGCGUCCCUUAUACCACGAAUUAUCGCGGCGCACGGAGCGCUCCUCACAUCUUUAUACCUACACACCGUGAAACAAUGGCCCACUGCACUCUUCCCUUCCCCCACGACACUCCUCGAAACUUGCCCCGCACUCAAGCACCUCUCGCUCGAGCUGCCUCUCCCGACCCUCACACUUUCCACGGUCCCACAGCACCGCUUGGACAUCCUUUCCGUCGCGCGGCCCACUGCCGAGUUCCUGACCAUCCUGGAGGGACUCUUGCCGAAGCUGCCGGUCCUGCGCCUGGUCCGAGCGCGCGACGUGAAGUGGCUCAGGGGCGGGAUGUCAGCGCGGGCGCAGCAGGCGGGAGUACAGGGCGAGAUGCAGGUCUGGAAGCGCAAGCUGAACAGGCGAGGCAUUCAGCUACUCGACGCCGAGUGGAAGCUUCUGGGGACGGAAUGA